AUGUAUUGGACGGUUCACAAGUCCGAUGGUCCUAGUCUGGUCAAUAACGCAGCGGUCACGAUUGGCACGAGAAUUUUCACGUUUGGUGGUCACUGCAAUGGAGGAAACUACACAGGGUUGAAGCCGAUCGACAUACAUAUACUAGACACCGAAAAAUUGAAAUGGUGGAAACUGGAGCUAAAUAAUCAAGAAAGCUCAUGUGUACCGUUCCAGAGGUAUGGCCACACAGCAAUUAAUCUUGGAUCUAAUGUUUACUUGUGGGGCGGAUUUAAUGGUAUUGUAGCUUGUAAUACUCUGUACUGUUUUAACACAGAAACUCUAAAAUGGACCACACCAAGUGUAUAUGGACAUAAACCAGGGCCGAGAGAUGGCCAUUCCGCAUGUAUCAUUCAAAACUGCAUGUUCAUAUAUGGCGGAUUUCAAGAAAGCUCAGGUCUGUUAGCUUCAAAUUUGUAUAUGUUAAACUUACACUCCAUGGAAUGGAGUAUAGUCAAAACAAAGGUAAUAUUUGAUUUUAAAAUUGUAUCUUUUUACCAGGUAUGCUAUUAACAAUUUUGAUGGAUUUAUUUUUCAUAGGGACGUUCUCCAUCUCCUAGAGAUUAUCAUACUGCAACUGCUAUUGAUAAUAAAAUGUAUAUAUUUGGUGGCCGUAGUCUUUGGGCAAGAACAGAACAAAUUUAUAAUAAUACAUUUUGUUCCCAUAUUUAUUAUUUAGAUACCUCUAGAAGAAAGUGGAAAUGUCCAAAAGUCGAUGGUACUAAACCCAUAGGACGGCGUAACCAUU